UUAGGAAAAUUCUUGGCCAUAAGUCGUUUGGUAACUCAAAUACUUAGAACACUAUAAAUUGAAGACAUGGCGCCUAGUAAGUUAGUUGGCCACUAACGCGAUAGCUCUUUGGUUUGAAGAAAAAAGAAGUAGCAAAAAUGUAUCGUCUGUUUACAAUUCUUACUGUCCUAGCGGCAGUGUCGGCCGCUCCCGCCCCCAAGCCGGUGGUAGUGUACCCGCCAGCCGUUUACCACCCGCCGGUGUACCAUCCUCCCGUGUACCCGGCGCCGCUUCACUACCCCGCCCCCGUGGCGGUGUCUCAUGUCAGCACCUUACUGAACCACCACCCGGUGCUGCCUUACUCGCCGUACCGCGUCCUGCCUGUACCAGCCGCUCCAAUUGUACCGCCUCUCUUCUAAGUUCUAAUACUUGCGCCGAUUGUCAUGUAAUGCCCUCAUUAGGUACGUGUAUCGCUUAAGCAAUAUGCAAUUUUUAUAUGUAUGCAAAAUUUUACAGAAUUGUUUUUUAACUGUAACAGUAUUCGCUCCUUUUUGACACUAGACCAAUUUGGUGUGUUAAACUCGUGGAUUUGUAUAACGAAUUAGAUUUGUAUUGUACGUAUAAAGAAUUAAUUUAGUUUAACGAGAGUUAGUGUCAAAAUGUGCUGCCAGUUAAGCAAUAAUUCCAUUGUUUUAAAAAAAGUUUGAGAGUUUUACUUAAUAAAAAGUAUUUAUAUUUAUUAACAGUACCUAACAUUCAUAAAUCGUUUAGAUGUCAAACUUAUACUAAUUUAAUUGAUAAAAUACAAAAGGUGCAAGUUAAAAGUCGAUUUGUUCAAAAUUGCGUUGAGUUCCUUUUGUUUUGUACGGGAUUUUACAUUACUUAUUUAAACUACGUAAAUUUAAACGGAAGUUGAUGCAAUAUAGUAACAGCUACUCAAAAUGGAUGUGUGAUAUAAAAAUAAAGCAAUUUACAAUA